AUGGAGUACAGAACCCUAGACCUCACUCUCAUCUCCACAACGAGUUUAACGAAGGCAGGCAAAUUGAACGUCUAUGCCGUUGCAUCCAUCUUCGACUCGCGCAAAGUGAUCAACAACGUUCAAAAGUUCAAAACCCGCAUUGAUAAAGAUAAUGGUUCCGAUCCCACGUGGAAUUUCCCCAUGAAGUUCACCGUUAAUGAAGGCGCGGGCCUUCAAAACCGCCUGACCCUUGUGGUAAAGAUCAAGGGUGUGAGAAUGUUUUUGGAUAAGAAUUUGGGAGAAGUUCGUGUGCCGAUCAAAGAGCUUCUUGAAGGCGUAAAACCCGAAGGGAAGACGAUGCAGAAUGUGAGUUAUCAGGUGAGAGGGCGGGAUGGUGAAGUGAAAGGUGUUCUAAGUUUUUCCUAUAAAUUUGGGCAGAAAACUUCUAGUAAGCGUGUUAGAUCCAGUUCCGCUCAGCGACCGCGGGCGGUGCGUGGAACGAGUGGACAUAGUAGCUCUGGUAGUGGGAUUGGAAUUGGUUUUCUUGGUGGCUUGUUGAUCAGUGAUGUUGCUAAUAGCGCUGGUUGCGGUGGUGGUGGUUGUGGUGGCGGGGAUGAUGUUUGUGGCGGCGGGGGUGGUUGUGGUGGUGGUGGUGGUUGUGGCGGCGGGGGUGGUGGCCGUGGUGGUUGCAGUUAA